UUUUCGCCAACCAUGAAUUCCCCCCGACCGCAACGCAAGUCAACACCAACAUCGCACGCGAGAGCACUUACCCAGGAAGCAUUGAUAGCGGACGAGGAGAAUGUGUUGCGGGACAAGACAAGGCGGACCGUUUUUAAGCACGUCUUUGAUUCACCGUUUCAAUUUGAGUGGCCUGCACUCAGUACGGAAGAUAAUGAGGAAAUCCUGCAAGCGCUAUGCAGGAUCCUCACAUCCGUAGGCGAACACCGACGGGGCCAGUGUGAACGAAGAAAGGAGGACAUUGUGCACAAAAUUAUUGCAAGAAAGCAGUCUCGAGCGGCCAUUUUGGCUGCUGCUGUAAAGCCUGCGACCCAAGAUGUGCCGCAAACAUUAGAUGAACUAGAAGCUGCUAAAAAGAAGAAGAAAAAGAGGAAGGGCAUGAGUGGUGGAGCCAUCGAGAUCCCGGAAAUGCUCCCAAAACAGCCGCCUAACCCACCCAGUGAUACCGGUAUUGGGGCGCUUGCAGCGUUGCAGGAUAUUGUUCUGGGCAUCAACAAAGUUACCCGAAUCCUCGAAGAUUCUUGCACCACAGCCCAAGCGUCGACAGCCAGCCAACUGCGUCUCGUAUUCCUGUGCAGUGGCGAUGUACCAGUUUCGCAUCUGUAUGCUCACAUUCCAACGCUCACUUACCUUGCCGGGAACAAUGUGUUACUAUGUCCAUUUGCAAAAGGAGCAGAAGCUGCAUUAGCAACAGCGUUAGGAAUCAAGCGGCUGACCAUUCUGGGUAUAAGGAACGACACACCACGAUUCGACGACCUCUGCGCUCUGGUCGCCUCGAGAAUCUCUCCCCCCAAUAUACCGUGGCUGCAACGUCCAUCGAAUGCAAUUCCAGGUACGACCAGGUCGACAGCCAGGAGUGCCUCGUACUAUCCGUUGAGAAUCAAAACGGUCAAAACAUCGGCACCUAUCACACAAAAGAAGAACGGUAGGACGCCAAAACUUCAACACGCGCAGCGCCAAAAUGCAGCUGCUGGACCAAUCGGCAAUUCGAAAGGGCUGAUAUCAACAAAGGAGCGGGAUAACGCUGGCGGGUGACCACUGUUGUCCUCAAUCCAGUUGUACAUAGAUAGAUUAUAUCUCGGUGUUUACAAUUAGACUUACAAGGUAGACCAUAAUUAUUUACAGAAGCUGCCGUCGUUGCUUCUCUCUUUCAUGUACCGGUAUAUAUGUGUUAUAUACCCGUCCUCUCUGCUUCAGGG